CUUUACUUCAUCUCCAUCUCCAUCUCCACCUCCGCCUCCAGCUCCUCUAACCCCUCAGCACAUCUCACUCAUUCCCUUAGGUAAUUGGAUGUUGUAAACCUUGACCAGUCGGCUUUCAGCCAUUUCAAGGUCCAGACCCAAUGACAAACUCAUUCGAGCCAUGUGACAAGAGAGAAAGAGAAAGAGAGGAGGUGUUCACGUUGACCAUUCCAUGGAACAUGUACACACUCUCUCACAUCGUCGUUGAGUUUAUUCCAUUCACUUGAGCAAGUCCCCGUAUCAGUGAAACAAACAUAUCUCAGAGACUGUGAGACGUCAAGUCUACAAUAUGCUGACAGCAGUGGUCACAGGUUGCAAUUCAGGCAUUGGCCAUGAAUUUGCAAAGGUCUUGCUGAAAGAGGGCUACUUUGUCUACGCCGUUGAUGUCAACGCCGGUGAAACACUCUUCAGCCUUUCAGGUCCCAAUUGUCAAGUUGGCCGCCUCGAUGUCGCAUCAAUCGAGUCAAUCCAAGAAUUCAAACUAGCCUUUGGAGAUACAAAGCUCAACGUCUUAUUGAACGUUGCCGGUGUCAUGCCCAACAAGGCCUCCGACACUUUGAAUGGCCUAACGCUCGACAUGGUCAACACUGCAUUCACCAUCAAUACUUUUGGUCCUUUCUUCCUGACUCAAGCCCUCUUGCCUAAUAUCAUGCACGCCUCUGGACCUCGUCAUAUCGCAGUGGUGUCUUCACGUGUCGGCUCCAUCGCUGACAAUACUUCUGGAGGACUGUAUGCCUACCGAGCAUCCAAAACUGCAGUCAACAGCUUCUUCAAGAACAUGUCGGUCGAGUUGAAGGAUCAGAAUAUUGUGGUCAGUAUGUUGCAUCCUGGCUUCACCAAGACUGGUCUAGAUGCGGAUGUAUGGAACAUGAAGGAGGCGGUGGGGCCGGAAGAGGCUGCCACUAAACUGUGGAAUGUUCUCAAGAGCAAACAGAUCGAGGAUACUGGGAGGUUUUGGCACCGAGAGGGAAAUGAACUGCCUUGGUAG